UGUCGUGUAACCACGGGCGGUCCGAUCCCCAAAUUGCGUCUCCGCAUUCUCAUAUAUUACUGGGAACAACUGUUCUUUAGUUUUUCUAGAAGUGCUGUUUACUUUUUCGACAAUUUCCAUUCCUAUCCUCUCCUGAAUCAGAUGAAUUCACGAUGUAUCCCGACUGAUGGAAUGCUCACUCCCGGGGGACACACUCCAACCGAGCGAAUUCCGCCGAAUAUCCAUUCUCGGACCUCUCCAACCGCUUCUCAGCAAUCCCCCCCGUCUUCGACAACAACCAGUGCUGGUCCACCUCCUCUCACCACCCAACCGGAACCAUGGCCUACCCAUCACGCUCCCGCCUACCAACCACAAACCCCCUCCAGUAUCGCAAACUCCCCCGCUGUCCCUUCGCUCACGGCCGCGUCGCACUCCGUCGGUCACCCUCAGCAGCACCAACCACCCCCAAAUGCUCACCCUCACCCCUCAUGGCCGAUGGUCCCGGCACCCGUGUGUACGCCGGACGACAGGCCCCUCAAUCCCAACCCCGCCGCUGGCUAUCCGUACGCGAUGGAUCCCUCCACGACGACUAUGCACUUUCACCCACCCCAUCCGGAUCAGCAGCCACUACCCUACCACGACAAUCCACCUCCCCCACCAAACAUCGCCCCUGGCCAGGAGUACCAGCAACGACCCCCACCUAUGAGUGGCCCUUUGCCCGGUCCCUAUGCUCAGUAUCAGGGUUAUAUCUCGCCAGUGUCCCAUCCCGCAGAGGCAGCCCAAGGGCUAUCGAUGAUGGGAAGGGCGGGUGGUAUGAACAACGGACACAUGAUGUAUAAUGGAAUGGGUGGCGACGUCAAGCAAGAGUAGUGAAUCACUACGGGCAAGAAUUAGCAUCACUGACACAAUCGAGGUGCUCGGUCCAUCGCCAUGUUCAGAUGGGACAGUCGGUCGGCAGGCUCA